AUGGACAACACUCAACUCAAGCGAGCCACCAUUCUCAAGACCCCCGUGACCCAGAAAUACGACGUCGGCGCCGUUCUGGGCUCCGGUAACUACUCAGUGGUCAAAUUGGCGAUAGAGAAGGGAACCGGCAAGGAAUGGGCUGCCAAGAUCAUCACCAAGAAGGAUGCUGGCCCGAAGGGCCUUCAGAUGCUUCAGACUGAAGUCGACAUUCUCUCUUCGUGCGAGCACCCCAACAUCGUGCGCCUCUCUGAGGUGUUCGAAACCGACGAGCACUACUACAUCAUCAUGGAGCUGAUCAAGGGAGGUGAGCUCUUCGACAAGAUCGUACAGCUUCAGUCGUAUUCCGAGCGUGAUGCUUCGCGUCUCAUUCACCAGAUCAUCAGCGCCAUUGCGCACCUUCACGAGCGUAAGAUCGUUCACCGCGAUCUCAAGCCCGAGAACCUUCUGCUGGCCAACGAUAGCAUCGAUUCCCCCGUGCUGCUGGCCGACUUUGGUCUCUCCAAGGUGGUGGACCCUGACGACCUGCUCAACGUGCCCGUUGGCACCCCGGGCUAUGUGGCUCCCGAGGUUGUGCAGUGCCUUGAAGAUGAUAGCACUUCAUAUGGCCUCGAAGUUGACAUGUGGGCUGUGGGCGUGGUCAUGUACAUUUUGCUCUGCGGUUACCCGCCUUUCUAUGCCGAAGACGACGAUGAAGUGUUCGACCAGAUCCUGGCGGGAGACUUCGAGUUCCCCGCUCCGCUUUGGGACACCAUCUCGGCCGAGGCCAAGGAUCUGAUCAGGAAGUGCCUGAUCGUGGACCCGGCCAAGAGGAUCAAGGCCGCCGAAGCGCUGCAGCACCCCUGGGUCAAGGGCUCCGCCGCACCGGACGAUCAUCUGCAAGGCACACUCAGCGAGCUCAAGAAGUUCAACGCCAAGAGGAAGUGGAAGCACGCCAUCCUGGCCACGAUGGCCAUCAACAAGCUCACUUCGGUCACCUCGAAGCUGCAGAAGCUGCAGAUGAACAGCUCCUACAAGCAGCUCCCGGCCAUUCCCGAGAAGUCCAGCGAGUGA